AUGUCGCACGCAACCAUGCAAGCUCCACCAAUUCCCCAUGAACCCGGUUCGUACAGUUUGAUGCCACAAUCACUCUUGUCUCUCCCCUCCCUCAAGCAGUACAUGGUCCACCGAUUGGUUCAUGAAUCAACAACCAUCACCAUGGAAGACGCAUUGAGACACUAUGUCAGUCACCACCACACCAUGGCCAAAGUGUGUGCUGGAGCAAGCGAAGGCACCAUUACCUUCAUGGCAGAUAAGUUGUUCUGGCGGCCUCAUGAGCAGUUUCCCCGCCAAAAUUGUUUCUUGACUCCGUAUGAUAAGGAGGUCAUUCAUAGGGCAUACAGCCAGAUUCCUGUCGAACGCUUGAAUGCCCUGAAUGAGCAGAUGUAUCGUGCCCAACAGCAGAGAUGUCUUCAAUUCUAUGUCCAGGAGGCUCAGGCGUGGAGCAAGAGUAUCGAGGAUAAGAUUGCGCAGAUGGAACAGAAAGGAGAGCAGAUUGAGGACCAUGAGGCAGAUGAUCAUCAAGAUGAAGGUUUACAGCAAUUGGCCCAACUUGGGAUUUGA